AAUGUGUUUUGUAAAGUUUAUAUCUGUAAGGAUCAUGAUGUUUUACAUUAAACUGCAGUAGAAAGCAGCCUUACACAUACACACUCUGCUCUUUUCAGUGAGUCACCUUAAACAACUCAGAUCACCAAUGAGAACAAACUCUUUCAGCUCCAAAAGGGCUCCUUAUUUGGUAGCACUGAUAGUUUUUUAAUUCCAAGAUUAACUAUAUAAUCUAUUGUCUAAGUUCCAAGUCUUAGUUGCAUUUCUUAUUCACAAAAAAAGAUUAUAUUAUAAAAUCAUAUAAAAUUUCAGUAAACAUGGAGACAUCAGAAAGAAAUAAGAAUUGGCUGUCCAGAAAACAGACUUGCAGACCAAACUUAUAAGAACUGCUACUUUCUGUUAAUUACAUAAAACAGAAAUACUGAAUGACUGAAAAUAACUUUGUUAAUACAGUCUUUAAGGGCUUGGAUGAUUUAGAAAAGUUGAAUUGCAGAAUUAAACAUCCUCUUUGACUGAUCUAGCGCUCACUCGUUAACCUACAGAAAUUUGGUAAAAAACGUGAUAUCACUGUUUUGCCAUGCCGCUGUAUUUUAACAUGUUCAGAUAUUUGUUCAUUCAUUAUUGUUGAAAUAUUAUCAGGAGAAGAAACAACAACUCCAACAAGUAAAACUAAAUUCAGCAUAUUGCUUUAUUUAGAUUUAGUUUUGGCAUUUGACCAGUGUUAGCCACGUUGUACAUGCUUAAGUGUAUCAAUACAAAUCUGAACACUUCUACUACCACCUUGUUGCAUUAGACUGAAGUUGUUGUGUGUGGAGAGAAAGCUCAGUGGUCGUCUACAUGUGGUAUCAGAUAAGCGCCUGGCUACAUUCUUUGCUGGUGGUCAGAGUGAUCAAACCCUGGGGCUGGAGGGGGUAGCAGGACUUCAGACAGUACAGACAGCAGCUGCCAGGCGCAAUGCUGACAUCACACUCUCGGAUAUUUUAAAAGGGGCCGAGAGCAAGGGGAGCUUGCUGUGACCACGCAAAGCCAGACCAGACUGUCUAAAAGAACGUUCAGGAACCAUACAGUCUGCCUGAGAAAGUGAACCAAUUCUCCUUUGGCUGAGUGGAAGCCUAUCAGUUUGGUCUUUGGGGAUAUGACCCACUAGGUCCUGCUGUACUGGCAAUGCUCCGGCAUUGCCCCAUCCCUCGCUUCUCAUCAGCCGGCCCUCAGAGGAAGAUGCCCAAGGCCUCGGGCAAGGAGAAGGCGCCUCGGGCUCUGCCGGAGAGCCAGGCGCUCAAGCUGGCUGACCCCAAAGAAGUGGCCAAAGAGCCGCUUCCUCCGCAGAAGGUGCUGAGAAUCUUUAGCAUUAACAUCAUCGCGCAGGGCCUGCCCUUCUGUCGCAGACGGAUGAAGAGGAAGUUGGACCAUGGCUCCGAGGUUCGACCUUUCCCUUCAGGCAAAAAGCCCUGUCCAAGUCCGACGGGUUUGGUCCCGUACCCGUCCACCCCCACUACGUUUGGCGACCUGCGGGCGGCUAAUGGUCAGGGUCAGCAAAGACGCCGCAUCACCUCCAUACAGCCUCCCACCGGCCUGCAGGAGUGGCUCCGGACCUUUCAGAGCUGGAGUGGGCCGGAGAAACUUCUGGCGCUGGACGAGUUGAUUGACAGCUGUGAGCCCACGCAGGUGAAGCACAUGAUGCAGGUGAUCGAACCGCAGUUCCAGCGAGAUUUCAUCUCCCUGCUCCCCAAAGAGUUGGCCUUGUACGUGUUGUCGUUUCUGGAGCCGAAGGAUUUGCUCCAGGCUGCUCAGACGUGUCGAUACUGGCGCAUCCUGGCGGAAGAUAACCUCCUCUGGAGAGAAAAGUGCAGAGAAGAAGGUAUCGAUGAGCCGUUGCACGGUAAGAAGAGGAAAGUGGUAAAGCCCGGAUUUAGCCACAGUCCGUGGAAGAGUGCUUACAUCAGACAGCACAGAAUAGACACCAACUGGAGGAGAGGAGACCUCAAAUCACCCAAGGUGUUGAAAGGGCACGAUGACCACGUCAUCACCUGUCUACAGUUUUGUGGAAACCGCAUUGUGAGCGGAUCCGACGACAACACGCUGAAAGUCUGGUCUGCUUUUACAGGAAAGUGUUUGCGGACGUUAGUUGGUCACACCGGAGGCGUCUGGUCGUCUCAGAUGAGGGACAAUAUCAUCAUCAGUGGCUCCACAGAUCGAACUCUGAAGGUGUGGAACGCAGACACAGGAGACUGUAUCCACACGCUGUACGGACAUACCUCAACUGUGCGCUGCAUGCACCUUCAUGAGAAAAGGGUGGUUAGUGGAUCUCGUGAUGCGACGUUGCGCGUGUGGGAUAUAGAGACGGGUCAGUGUUUGCAUGUUCUGAUGGGUCAUGUGGCAGCGGUGCGGUGUGUCCAAUAUGAUGGCCGGAGAGUGGUGAGCGGAGCGUAUGACUUCAUGGUCAAAGUGUGGGACCCAGAGACCGAAACCUGCUUACAUACACUGCAGGGACACACCAACAGAGUCUACUCAUUACAGUUUGACGGUAUUCACGUGGUGAGUGGGUCUCUGGACACAUCAAUCCGAGUGUGGGACGUGGAGACGGGGAACUGCAUCCACACCUUGACAGGUCAUCAGUCUCUGACUAGCGGGAUGGAGCUGAAGGACAACAUCCUGGUCUCGGGGAACGCCGACUCCACUGUCAAAAUCUGGGACAUCAAAACAGGCCAGUGUCUGCAGACCCUACAAGGUCCCCAUAAGCACCAGAGCGCGGUGACGUGUCUGCAGUUCAACAAAAACUUCGUGAUUACCAGUUCUGACGACGGUACGGUGAAGCUGUGGGAUCUGCGGACGGGCGAGUUCAUCCGGAACCUAGUAACGCUGGAGAGUGGGGGGAGCGGCGGUGUGGUCUGGAGGAUCCGCGCCUCCAACACCAAGCUGGUGUGCGCCGUGGGCAGCCGAAACGGCACGGAGGAGACCAAGCUGCUGGUGCUGGACUUCGACGUGGACAUGAAAUGAAAACAUUUAUGGAUUAUCCAUCACCACGCUGGCGGAGAGAGAAAAAAUAUAUAUAGAUGAACCGGGAGGGGGAGGAGUCCAAAAAAACCUGAACUGGGCCUCCUCGCGCAGCUCCGCGGCAGGACCCAUCGCUCGCUCGCUCACUGUAUCUCAUCCUCCUCCUCGACCUGCCGUGCCAUCGCUCGUGGGAUGCCCCCUUAGCAACCGUCGCCAUGCAGCGAGGUACGGUAGGGGGGUGGGGCCUCUGCAGCAGCACAGCAUUCUGGGAAAGGAAAGGCACAGACAAGGAGGAUGCUGGGUUAAACGGGGGCGGAGCUGCAGCGGCCUUGCACAGAGACUUGGUGAAAUUCAAGCCUGACGAUGUACAAACAUACAGCUUAUUUUUCUUUCCUCUUUUUGUUUUCUUGUUUUUGUUUUUUUAAUCUGAACAAACAGUCAACACUGUAUGCAUGGUGAGAGAGUGGAGCCUCAGUGGUGAAUGGGUGCAGUUUUAACAGGAAAAAAAAAGCAGAACUGAUGGAAGAAGGGGUGAUUUAAAUGUGAGGAUUCAAACAAACAAAGGAAGCCAAUCUUAUCAGUCCUGACUAAGCAGGAGCCCACUGUUUUUUGUUUUUUUUGUUUUUUUUUCCCCACUGCGUUGUCAUUGUUAAAUUUUUUUCCCCCCACAUUUGUUUUUUGUUUUUCUUUUUUCAUGAGUUCGACACAACUGUGAAUUCAAAAAUUACUUUUUUUUUUCCAUUCUUUUCAUGUUUUUUUAGUCCACUGUUGCCACUAGCAACAAGGCUCAGUAUUAAGCUAGAUCACAUUUUUUCUGUUGAUGCUGUUUUCUCUGGUUUUGUUUUUUUUUUAUUAUUAUUAUUCUGUCAUAUUUUUUUUCCUCCUUUGCAGAAAGACGAUGUGCCCUGCUGUCCUCACGUGUCAAACCAGGCUGCUCAUGUUGGCUCUCCUCAGUACUGGUGCUUCAUGGGAGAUGGGGACUUUUUUUUGGUUAAUUUUUUGUUUUGUUUUCACCCAUUAUCCCCAUGGGUACCCCCCAUAUCCUCCACCCCCCCAGUGGCCAAACUGAACUUAAUGCUGCUAGACACAAAUGAUGAGGUGGAACUGUUGUUUUUUUGUUUUGAUUUUUUUUUUUGCUGGCUGUGACGUUUUAGUCCCAGACUAGAUGCUAAAAUAAAUGUACUUCUAAAGUUUGGACUUACAAAUAAAAAAAUGACACAGACAUGCAUAAAAAAAAAACGAGAUAUGUAAACAACAAACUUUUUUUUCUUUUGUUUUUGUUUGUUUUUUGCCACUGAAACUUGAGCCAAAUGUGCCUCUACGAGGCUGAAAAGAGGGAGAAUGUCAGACGAGACGACAAGAAAACCUGAACUAUUUUGACAGUGUGUGUUUGCUAGCAAGACUGUGUGCGUGUAUAUUCGUGUGAGAGAGUGUAUGUUGUUCGCACCACAUUCCUUGGGACAAAAGCUUAUCAGCCUGUUCUGUGAGGAAUUCUUUAAUUUGACAGAUCUAUGAAAAUAAUACAGCGUUUAAAAUUAGACAUCGUCUGUCCACAUAAAUUUAGCCGGUCGCUUCCAGGGUUCACUCAGAGAUGGAGUAAGAGAAUGUGGAGAACGUGCCACCCGAAGCUUCAUCAGAGACGUUCCUGCCGUCUACGUAGAAGAAAAAAAGAACGCCAAAAAGACCACAAUUCGUCUCAUUCUCCGUCAAACACAACUCAAGCUGAACUGUGAAAGUGGUUUAAACACUGUAUAUUACGAUUAAAAAGAAAACUUGUUCUUUCUCCUCUCUUUUAUUUAUGAUCUGGUUUGAGAAAUCAGAUGUUGGAGGUGUUUUUUUUUGUUUGUUUUUUUUUGUUUUUUUUAUAUAUUUUUUUCCCUUCCUCAGUCCAUGUAAAACUGCCUGAUGUUCACAGACAGACAAAAAAGAAAACCUUAAAGGGAUUGUCUGUUUGUUUGAUUCACUUAGAAUUUUUAUUUUCUUAUAACUUAAGUGCAAUAAAAAUGUGGGGUUUAUUUUCUUUCCUUUUUUUCAUUUCAAGCUUUUUUGGUUGUCUUUGUUUGUCACUGUGUGAAAGUGUCAUAUGUGCCCAAUAAAGCUUCUAUGGUUUAUUGUA